GUCUGCGACCAGGCCUCAUGGUUGAUCAGGACCUGAUCAACCAAGCUGUUACUGCUGUCCGCACACACUCCAUCGUACGAACCACAGCCCGGCUGGUCAGGUACCGACUUUAGGUGGCGGUGCUGGUGGUGGUGGUGCUGCUGCUGGUGGUGGUGUUGGUGGUGGUGCUGCUGCUGGUGGUGGCGGUGGUGUCACAACCUUUCCACCCAACAACAACACCAACAACGUUGUCACACUCGUGUAUUGUAACAAUGGCUGAUCCACACGCUGUUUCGCCCUCUAGAAAGACAGCGACGACCAAGAGGAAGCUUGAGAGAUAUCCUGAGGACCGAAAAGAUGUUAAAAAAAAGUCUAGGCUCUGCCCUUAUCUGGAUACCAUCAAUCGUCACAUGCUUGACUUUGAUUUUGAAAAGUUAUGCAGUGUGUCUCUUUCAAGAAUUAAUGUCUAUGCCUGCCUAGUAUGUGGGAAAUACUUUCAAGGUCGUGGACCCAAUACCCAUGCCUACACCCACAGUGUAUCGGAUGGUCACCAUGUGUACCUGAAUUUGCAGACACUUCGCUUCUACUGCCUCCCAGAUAAUUAUGAGAUCAUUGAUUCCUCGUUAAAUGACAUAAUUUUCGUGGUGAAUCCAACCUUUUCACGAGAUUAUAUUGCUCAUAAGGUGAACCAGAGCAAAAUGAGUCGAGCAUAUGAUGGCACUCUAUACUUACCAGGCAUAGUAGGUCUUAAUAAUAUUAAGGCCAAUGACUACUGCAAUGUUGUCCUUCAGGCUUUAUCGAACAUCACUCCUUUGCGGAACUACUUCCUGGACCCCAACAACUACAGUCACAUCCAUCAUGCGCCAGGCACUCAAGGACUGGCAAUGUUUCCACUUAUCAACAGAUUUGGGGAACUUGUACGCAAACUCUGGAAUCCAAGGAAUUUCAAAGCUCAUGUAUCUCCCCAUGAAAUGCUUCAGGCAGUAGUAUCAUGCAGUAAGAAGAAGUUCCAGUUUACCAUCCAGGGUGAUGCCAUACAAAUUUUGUCUUGGGUACUGAAUUCAAUGCACUUAGGCCUGAAGACUCCCAAACGGAAAAAUACCAUCAUUAAUCGCUGCUUCCGUGGAACAAUGAAUAUUUACUCUCAGAAGAUCUUGCCUGUUGAAAUUGAUGAGAAAGAAAGAAAUCGGCUCCUCCAGUCUGAAGAAUACCAGGUGAAAAUGGAGGAGAGCCCUUUUCUCUAUCUCACUUGCGACUUACCGCAGCCACCGCUCUUCAAGGAUGAAAAAAAAGAAAACAUCAUUCCACAAGUGAGCUUGUAUGUACUCCUUAGCAAGUUUGAUGGGAAAAGUGGUAAGGAGUAUCAGACCUACAAAGAGAGUAUUCUUAAGAGAUUCCAGCUUACAGGACUUCCUCCAUAUCUCAUCUUAUACCACAAAAGAUUCACAAAGAAUACAUUCUACAUUGAGAAAAACCCAACCAUUGUUAACUUUCCGGUGAAGAAUAUCGACUUGUCGGAGUAUUUAACUGAAGAGGUGAAACAGAAACACCCUGAGCCCAUAUAUGAUUUAGUGGCUAAUAUUGUGCAUGAUGGAGAGCCUGAAGCUGGCACAUAUCGAUGUCAUAUUCUGCACAAGGGAACUGGAAAGUGGUAUGAAUUACAGGAUCUACAUGUGAAAGAGAUUGAGCCUCAGAUGUUAACUCUAACUGAAUCAUACAUUCAGAUAUAUGAAAUGCAGAACUGUAUAGUAAAAUCUCAUGACAAGAAGAACACCUGAGAAAGUCAAGAUAAGGUAAAUAAAAAUAAAAUAUCAAUGAAAUUUUUACCCCAAAUUAAAUUGAAAGAUCCACUCUUAUAGGUUUAACCCUUAAACUGUCCAAACAUAAGUCUACAUUUUAAAAACCAUACCACGGGCGGGAUUGAACCCACGGUCAGAGAGUCUCAAAACUCCAGACCGUCGCGUUAGCCACUGGACCAGCUAGCCACAAUAAGAUUCGUCCAACUAGGUAUAUUUCUACACCAUAGGAAGGUUAGCAUAGGCACCACUGUGACCACAAAUGCAAGUUUUUACAGACGAAUCUCCAGCUAGCGUGGCCGUGACGAACUCUAGUUCAAGUCCCCUCAAUGCCGUCAACAUGACUCACAAAAUCGUAAUGACACGAUUGCAAACAAACCAUACCAUGGCGGGAUUGAACCCGCGGUCAGUGGCUAUCGCGACAGUCUGGAGUUUUGAGACUCUGACCGCGGGUUCAAUCCCACCCGUGGUAUGGUUUGUUUGCAAUCGUGUCAUUAUGAUCUACAUUUUCACUGCCAGCGCCCUGAAUAUUUUAGAAUUUUUUUUUUUUUAAUUAAAGAGGGUAAUUUUCUGUGUGUAAUAAGAUCCAAAAAUAAUUUUAGGAUCAGUACUUACCAAGAUAUAAGACCAUGAAGUUGGCGCUGAAUGCUCGCCUGAUGGCAACAUCGAGUCCUUCCGCUUGCAGAACUGUUGCCAAUAUACCUUGAAACAUAGUGUAAAGACAAAUGUCACCGAACUGCAGAUAGUACAACAGUGGAGUGGCACUUGAUGAGCAUGCACUCCUCCAGGGAACCCAGGCUUUAUUUGUUUUCACUGUUAUACAUAAACAUGUCUGUCUGUCUGUCUAGCUCUGCUUAUCUGUCUGUCUGUAGCUCUGCUUAUAUGUCUUUCUGUCUGCAUGUGUGUGUCUGUCUUUCCAUCUGCUUGUCUCUGUCUCAGAGAGCGGCUCGUAAACCAACAGGUAUUACACAUGAUGCAGUCACAUUUGAUUCCUGAUCAAGUUAAAAUGUGUAUUACUUGCCAGUCAUGCUUAUUAUACCUUAUAUCUACAAGCACUAUAUAGCACUUUGCCUGGAAUUUUUGGGUUAUCCUAGGUAAUUUACACUAUGUAUAAUAGCUGUACUUGUGUACCUGUGAGAGAGACAUAGACAGAGACAGGACCCGAAUGGAAAUGAAGUCACUCUGUCUGACUUUUUUUGGGUUAUCCCAGGUACUUUACACAUAUGCUGCUAUGUAUGAUAAUCUGUGUAACUGUAUUUGUGUAUACCUGAAUGAACUUACUACUUAGACAAACAUUUAUAGACAGACAAAGAUAUAGACAGAGACAGCCAGAGUCAACCAGCCAGCUAGCCAACCAGCUGGCCGAAUAUGUAUUACACAUUCCAGAAUCGUUUCUCUUUACUUAGGGCAUAGGUUAUAGGACAUUCUGGCAGGAUGACACUACCAGUGGUAUCAGAAAUGAAAGGAUGUUGCACAAAUGUUGCACAUGGGUUAUUAUCGAGGUUUUUUAUAUUUCCUCAACCACUUGUGGCCACAUCCAUCUCAAAGCCUCUAAACUCUGGGUCAACAUCACUUUCCUCUUAAAAGGGGAGUGUUAAUAGAACAUGGCAUCAGUGAAUCCCUGGUGUUUGUCACACUGUUUGCUCUAGCUGGCGCUCAGUUGAACUAGUGCUCCCACAGGAUACUAAGUGGUCCCAGAUUUUUUUAAUACUGUGCACACUGAAUGUUAAGACCCAUUCUGUACUGACCAGGCAUCUCAGGCCAAUAUGCCAAAUUUAAAGGCAGGAAAAAUAAAACAUAGCUCUAUGUUUGGAGUGCUAGCGGUACAAACGUAGAUCUAUGUUUGGACAGUUUAAGGGUUAACUGAUGUCAAAACAUUUAUUUUUUAAUAUUUUACAGGUCUGUAAAGCAAGUUUUUAUAAAAUUUGAGUUUUGUCUUAAAUAAGAGCGCAGUGAAGCAUUCUCACAUCAUCCCCUGUAGAGUUAGUUUUAAGAGGAUAGUUCAGGAUAAUUAUACUGUAAUAUGUAUAGAUAACACCUUUGAAAGAAGAGUAAUAAAUACUGUGUUAUGGUUGUGUACUGAUAGGCAAAAAUAAUUCUUUGAAUGAAAUGUUCUACCACAUUGAUUAUUAAUAACAAUAAAAGGAGUUUUACUAUUUUGUUUUAUUUUAAUUUUAUAUGGAGCAGCAAAAAAGUGAUGGAGUCAUAAAUAGGAGACUUGCAGUAUGAAAUGCAUACAGCCUCUCCUCACUUAACGACGGGGGUUCCGUUCCUAAGAGUAGGUUGGUAAGUGAAUUGGUCGUUAAGCGAAGAGCGUACUGUACUGGUAGUGGGUUUGUGUCAACCAUUUUUAGAUAUUUUUUUAAUGUCACCUUUGCACCGUUUAUAACAUUUCUAAUAUAUUUUUAACCCGUAAACGAUCCUAACGUAUAUAUACGUUUUUACCGCUAGUGCCCCAAACGUAUUUAUAUGUUUUAUGUGUCAUACAUUUUACAUUGCCACGAUAAGCCUGAGUCACCUAGACAUGAGAGAAUGGGUGUGAGCACUCACUGUGCGCCAUAUUAAAAUAAUUGGGGAUGCCUGGGUGUUACAAAAAACACGAUUCUAAAAGCUUAGAGAUCUCCAGUGAAUACUACUAGAAAGGACUAGAGAUCUCCAGUUAAUACUACUAGAAAGGACUGCCCUUCUAGCAUCCAGCCUGUUACUGGGUUUUCGUAACAAGUAGUCAGUAACCUUGUCCAAUUAUCCAUUAGAAUUCAGUAUGAUUCAAUAGUGCUUCAGGAUUACAACUGGUAGGCUACUAACUAGAGAAAUUAAAAUUUAAUAAAUUUAUUAAUAAAGUUGUCUAGGCGUAUAUCAAAUUAAAUUAAAUUAAUCACAGUAAUCAAAAUAAUAUUAAUCACUUCUCUCGAGUACAGUAGUAGUGUGCUGAAAGCACAUAUCACAUUUAUAAUUCUUAAGUACCGUCUGAUACAUUAACAUUUAAUAAGAUAUUACAAAUAUGUACAAGUUUGUGUGUAUGUGUGUAAGUGCUCUAAGUAGUUCGCUAUGUCUCACGACUCGACUAGACUUAAACAAGUGACUGACAAAGUCCUUAAAUAAACUAACUUCUUGACCAACUGGCAAUCAGAACAGUCUGCUUGAACAAUAAAAAGAAUGCUAAGCCCAAUAGCAAUAUAACAAGCAGUUGCAACACAGAAUCAGGAACAAGGAGAUAAUAUAAAGACAGCUAGUAGGGACCAUCAGCAGAUCCUCCACAAAAGUCACAAAACUCCCAUACUACUGAAUCUAAGUUCAGCAUACGAAAAUACCCGACUGUGACAGUGCACAGAUACCAGUACAAGUUAGGUCAGAAGCUACAGCUCAGGACCUGAGUUGCUCAGAGUGUCUAAGCGACACACAACCUCAGUACAACGUGGAAAAUCACUAAGUCUAUACAAUGUUUUGUGAACAGAGUUCUACAGAACUAACAAGAAUAAUGAGACAAGAGACGAUCUUCCAACAAGAGCCAAUAAGGUAGACUUAGGCUCUUCUUGUUAGAAUACGUCCAACCACCAAGCGAGUCUAGACCAGACUGAAUACUUCAGGCGAGGUGAGGACACCCCCCCCCCUCGAUCACAUGAUAGCUCCGUGGGUCGCUGCCCAGCAAGAAGCCGGCAGGGAAACAAGCAAAGAGCGAUAAUUACAGUAGUUAGACAAUCAAGACUUGAACUGAGCACAUAAUAUGUUACAUCCUACCUAACCAAAGGAAGCUAAGUCAAAUAACAAUAUAAAGCAAUACAUUUACGAUUUAGCUAUUAUCGCAAAUACAAGCAAUAUAAAAUUAUAUGAAAAGAUAAUAAUUAUAUAUAUAUACAUAAUCAUUGCAACCCAUUCAGGGGUUGCAACACUGGGUACCAUAUGCUCUUUUUUCCUAUUAAAAAACAGCAAUGUUUUUUUUUUCUCAAAAAAGUUGGGGUAGUACGGUAGUGAACGUAUAUAUACGUUUGGACCGUUUAUGGGUUAAAUGUUUGUACAGUAGUGUACUGUAUACUGUAAUAAACAGAAUAGAGGAAAUCAGCUCUAAUAUACAUUAUACUUAGGUUUGCAUGCUGGUUGGAGAACUGGUUGUAAAUCAGAGUGGUUGGUAAACAAGUGCAGUGGUCCCUCAAUUAUUGUCCUUAAUCCGUUCCUGGAAGUGGGACUAUUAUCGAAAUAGACGAUUUUCGAAUCAAUUUUCCCCAUAAGAAAUAAUGUAAAUCCAAUUAAUUCGUUCAGGACACCCAGAAGUAUCAACAGCAAUUUUUUUUUUUUUUUUACCUAAAAGAUAGAUUUACAUGCACAAAAGAAUGAACAUUCAACAUGACAGUUACCUUUAUUGAAGGCUGUUGUUGGUGAAUGGAAGACAGGGAGGAGGAGAGAGGGAAGAGAGGUUAUUGUUUGGAAGGGGAAUCCCCCUCCAUAAGGACUCUAGGUCACUUCAGGGGUCAUUUCCCUAGCAUAAAUAUAGAUUUACAUGCAGAAAAGAAUGCCAAAUAAAUGUAAAGCACUAAUAAAAUGUAUAAAUGAACAUUGGUAAUAAGGGUAGUUGAUGAGUGGAACGGUCUGCCUAGUAGGGUGAUCGAAGCUAAAACAUUGGGUAGUUUCAAAUUUAGGUUGGAUAAAUACAUGAGUGAGAGGGGUUGGAUUUGAGUCUGACUUGCACCUGAGCUUAUUGCUUGGGUAGCAUUUGUUCUGUUAGUGAGUUGGAUUUUUGAAGGACCGGCCUAGUAUGGACCAGCAGGCCUACUGCAGUGUUCCUUUUUUCUUAUGUUCUUAUUGAAGACUUGUUUGUGUGAGAGAGGGAUGGUAAGUUUAUUGUUGGAGAAUAUGACAGUAAUAUCAACUCUACAGCUUAUUUAUCUAAUCACACUUCAACUAAUAUGACAUAAUAAACAAUAUUAAUAACAUAGAAACAUGGAAUAUACUCUAGAAUGAAUAAAAUAAGUCAUUACGUAUGUCACGAGAGGUGUUGUGUUGUGUUGUUGUUGGGUAUAUAAGGGCCACUGAGAAUAAGCCGUCCAUAAUGGUGGUGAAGCAGCAGCUGAGGCGGCGGUGUUUUCUGUGGCCCUAUAUAACUCCAACAACAUCGGAGGAGUUGGUAGAAUCGCUGAAUCACUAAAGAAGGAACCCUCUACCACCAUCACUAUGACCUUCUACCACUAUUACAACUGUUACCACCAUCACUACUACCUUCUACCACCAUCAACCACUAUCACAACUGCUUCCACUCUCCCACCACCACCUUUCUAUUUUUCUACAAACUUUUUCAUAAAUUAUAUGUGUUUCUCACAUUCUUUACCAAAGGGCUGGCACUAGAAGCUUUCUUUGGAGCCAUGGUAGCUUAUUUAGCACUUGCAAGUACUAAAAUCAAUGGAAUAUUAUGAAAUAUUUCGUAGGAGCAAGUGAGGGGACCGUCACUCACUGGCUGGGAAGGCAAGCCCAGGCGGCUCAGAGCGUGAGUACGCGUCCCAGACGCAGGACGAUUAGCGAGUUAAUGGACCAUUUGCGAGCCAGUGUUUAGACGAAAUAAUGGGACUAUUUCCGAAAUGGACGAUUUUCAGGCCGGACGAUUAUUGAGGGACCACUGUACGUUGCUAAGUGAGGAGAAGCUGUAUUAAUCAGACUUGGAAUUAGUAAACGGCAUAAAUAUUUCACUAUUAGCAGCCAGUGUAUUAACCCUUUGACUGUCGCGGCCGUAUAUAUACGUCUUACCAGGUACCGUGUUUGACGUAUUUUUUUUUUUUUUAACAAGUUGGCCAUCUCCCACCGAGGCAGGGUGACCCAAAAAAGAAAGAAGAUCCCCAAAAAGAAAAUGCUUUCAUCAUCAUUCAACACUUUCACCACACUCACACAUAAUCACUGUUUUUGCAGAGGUGCUCAGAAUACAACAGUUUAGAAGCAUAUACGUAUAAAGAUACACAACAUAUCCCUCCAAACUGCCAAUAUCCCAAACCCCUCCUUUAAAGUGCAGGCAUUGUACUUCCCAUUUCCAGGACUCAAGUCCGACUAUAUUCUAGCGGCUUCAAAUCAAGCAGGAGAAAGCUGGUAGGCCCACAUGUGAGAGAAUGGGUCUGUGUGGUCAGUGUGCACCAUAUAAAAAAAAUCCUGGAGCACACAGUGCAUAAUGAGAAAAAAAAAACUCCGACCGUUUUUUUUAAUUAAAAUGCCGACUUUGUGGUCUAUUUUCGUAUAGUUUUUAUGGUUGUAUUCUCGUUUUCUUUGUCUCUUUUGAUAGAAUGGAAAACAUAUUAUAGAAAUAGAGGUGAUUUUGAUUGAUUUUACUAUAAAAAGAACCUAGAAAUGGAGCUCAAAGUAGGGGAAAUGUUUGAUUUUUGCUAAUGUUCAAAAGUAAACAAAUGAUGCCAUUGUCCAAUAAAUGUCCAACUAGCCAUUCUAAUAUGCAGUCAUGAAUGGGUUGAUGUUAUUUAUACAAUUAUUACAGUAUUGCAGUAGUCUGCAUAAUAGUAAGUCUUCUAUUUUUUGUUUGAAUAAAAAUUCAAAAUAGAAAGCAAGAGUAAUAUCAGAGGGACCUAGAGACAUGACUGAUGAGCAAAGAAAAUGUUAUUUUAGAGCCAGGAAUGUCUGCAUUGUUCAUUCUGGACCUUAUUUUGAAAUUGUCAUAUUUUUUAGUUUUCGUGAAAUUGGCCAAAUUGCAAAUUUUUGACUACAUUAUUAGGUAGUUGAAAUCAGUAAAUGGGCAGUUUCUUGUACUCAAUCGAUAGAAAAAAUGGAGUUCUAAAGAAAUAGCUAUGAGUUUGGGUGACUGGCACAAUGGAAUUAGCCGAAAAUAGGGCUCAAAGUGGGCGAAAUCGCCGAUUUGUAAACAGCGCCGAGGUCGCUAACUUUGCGAGAGCAUAAUUCCGUCAGUUUUCCAUCAAAUUUCGUUUUUUUGGUGUCAUUACAAUCGGGAAAAGAUUCUCUAUCAUUUCAUAAUUUUUUUUUUUUUUUUUUUAAAUUUUGCGACACCAGGAGACACCACAGGAUUGGGGAUUGUGACAGUCAAAGGGUUAAUUUACAUUAUAUGCCCUUUAAUAUUUUAUUAUGUACUUUAUUAUCAUACAUAUGCUGAAUUUAGCCAUGUGUGUCAUAUGCAGCAACUCAAGUGCCAGGAACAAAGGGAUGGCAGCCCCUUCUCCUACAUAAAUUACCAUGUUUAACCCUUUCACCGUCGGUGUUGUAUUAGAAUGGCUUACAAGCCAGUGUUUGCGCCAUAUUAAUACACCAAAAUUCUAGCGGCUUCAAAUCUAGCAGGAGAAAGCUGGUAGACCUACAUGUGAGAGAAUGGGUCUGUGUAGUCAGUGUGCAUAGUAUAAAAAAAAAUCCUGCAGCAUGCAGUACAUAAGAAAAAAACCUCCGACGGUGUUUUUGGUUUAAAACACCAACUUUGAGGUGUAUUUUGGAAGGUAUUUAUGGUUGUGGUUAGUGUGCGCAAUAUAAAAAAAUCCUGCAGCACACAGUGCAUAAUGAGAAAAAAAAACUCCGACCAUGUUUUUGGUUUAAAAUGCUGACUUUGAGGUGUAUUUUCAUAUGGUAUUUAUGGUUAUAUUCUUGUUUUCUUGGUGUCAUUUGAUAGAAUGGAAGAUAUAUUACAGAAAUAGAGAUGAUUUUCAUUGGUUUCACAAUGAAAAGUACCUUGAAAUUGAGCUCGAAGUAGUGGAAAUGUUCGAGUUUUGCCCAUGUUCAAGAGUAAGGAAAUGUCAUCACUGUCCAAUACGUGUCCAACUGGCCAGUCUGAUACGCAGACACAAAUGGGUUGGCAUUAUUUAUACAAUUAUUACAAUAAUGCAGUAGUCACCAUAACAGUAAAUCUGCUAUUUUUUGUGUUAAUAAAAAUUAAAAAUGGAAAGCAAGAGUAAUAUAAGAGGGGCCUGAAGAUGUGACUAAUGAACAGAGAAAAUGUUAUUUUAGUGUCAGGAAUGUCUGCUAUUUUGAAACUGGCAUCUUUUGAAAUUUGUGUGAAAUUGGCCAAAUUGCCAAUUUCUGACCACUUUAUUAGGUAGUUAAAAUUGGUUAAUGGGCAGUUUCUUGUACUCAGUCGGUAGACCAAAUAGAGUUCUAGCAAAAUAGCUAUGAGUUUGGUCGACUGGAACAAUGAAAUUGGCUGAAAAUAGGGCUCAAAGUGGGCGAAAUCACUGAUGCAUGUAUAUUGCCGAGACUGCAAACUUCACAAGAGUGUAAUUCCAUAAGUUUUCCAUCAAAUUUUGUGCUUUUGGUGUCAUUACUGUUGGAAAAAGAUUAUCUUAUCAUUUCACAAGAAUUUUUUUUUUUUUUUUUUUUUUUUUUGAUAAGUCUUUGACACUGAGAGCAAGUUUGUGAGCAGGAGUCUUGAGAGUUAAAGGGUUAAAAAGAAGAAAAAAGGUACUGAAUUUACUAUUUACUGCUACCUGCAAAAAUGAAAGAGAAGCUGUGGGUCAGGGAAGAAGAGAGAGAAAAAGGUAAAAAGGCCAUUUAAAAUAUUAACCUCUAAACGGCCUAAACGUAUAUAUACGUUCUCUCCCCCAGUGCCCCGAAUAUUUUGAAAAAUAAUUUUUUUUUUUUCAUUGAAAUAAAGAGAAAAAAUUUCUAAGUGUUAUAGGAUUAAUAUAAAAAAUUAGGGUCAGUACUUACCGAGAUAUGAGGCUGCAAAGUUGGCACUUAAUGCUCACCUGAUGGCAACAUCGAGUCCUGCUGCUUGAGGACGUGUUGCCAAUAUACCAUUUUUUCUCAUUUCUAUAUUAUUUUAUAUAAUUUUUAUGUUCUGAUAAUGACAAUUUAUUGUAGUUCUUGGCAUUUCAUAACCAAUUUUUGUUCUGACACUAAUAUUAGCUACUGAAAUUGUACUCAAAUUGUCACAAACACAUUGACAGGUGGACAUUUACACCUGCCUUGGUCAUUUACUAUUGUCUAGGAAUAUAUACAAGUAUUUAUAGGUCCCAGCAAUGUUUUGGAUACACGGGAGUAUAGAGGAAGAAGGAAGUAGGAGGAGGAAGAAGGAAGAAGUAUAAUUGUACAGUGGACCCCCGCAUAACGAUCACCUCCGAAUGCUACCAAUUAUGUAAGUGUAUUUAUGUAAGUGCGUUUGUACGUGUAUGUUUGGGGGUCUGAAAUGGACUAAUCUACUUCACAAUAUUCCUUAUGGGAACAAAUUCGGUCAGUACUGGCACCUGAACAUACUUCUGGAGUGAAAAAAUAUCGUUAACCGGGGGUCCACUGUAUUUGUGUGUAUCUGUGAGACAGAAAAAGAGAUAGAGAAAGAUAGACAGAGACAGAGAUAUAGAUAGAUAGAUAGACAUACCCUAAACUUGGGGUUAACAUCAUUUUCCUCUUAAAAGGGGAGUGUUAAUAUAUUACAUCAGUGAAUCCUUGGUGUUUGCCGCACUGUUUGCUUGAGCUGGCGCUCAGUUUAACUGGCACUCCCACAAGGUACUAAGAGGUACCAGAUUUUUUAAAUAUGGUGCACACCGAGUGUUAAGACCCAUUCUUUGCUGACCAGGCAUUUCAGGCCAAUCGUGCCAAAUUUGGAGGCAGGAAAAUUAAAACAUAUACGUUUGGGGCGCUAGUGGUAAGAACGUAUAUACAUGUAUAUGUUUGGACUGUUUAGGGGAUAAAUUUGUCCCUACUUUCACCUGCUAACAUUCUGUGGUCUCUACACACUUGUGGGUUUCCUGAUUUGCAGAAUUUGAUUAUCCAACAUUUUUUACCAAGGGAAACCUCUGAAUGGAUUUGAUUAUUCUUGGGUUUUCAAGGGUAAUGAAAAUCUGAAGGAAAUUCAAAUCUAACUCUGCAGUUCAUCUGUUAUAUAUAUAUCACAAUAUUUUUUUUUUUAUUUUCACUAAUUUAACUGUUCAAACGUAGAUCUAUAUUCACACGCCCAGCUCUCCAAAUAUUUUGAAAAAAAAAAAAAAAAUUAAACGAAGAGAACAUUUUUUACAUAAAGUAAUGUAAAAAAAAAAAUUCUAGAGUCAGUACUUACCACCACAAAGUCAGCACUUGUCGCUCACCUGACGCUUGUCGCUCACCUGACGCUUGUUGCUCACCUGAUAACAUGAAGUGCUGCAGAUGCAUUGCGAUAUACCUUUUUUCUCAUUUGUUUUUAUUUGUAUAAUUUUUAUGUUCUGAUAAUCACAAUUUGUAGGAGUUCUUGUGAUUUCAUAGUUAAUCUUUGUUCUGACACUAAUAGUAGGUACUGAAAUAGUACUCAAAUAGUCAUAAGCACAGUGACAGGUGAACAUUUUCACCUACCUAAGUCACAUACUAUUGUCUAGAAAUAUAGACAUAGUAUUUAUAGGUCCCAGCAAUGUUUUGGAUACAUGGAAGUAUAUAAUUAAUAAUAAUAAGUUCCCUUGAAGCAUGAUGUAAGACAUAUGUCACUCUCUUAUCUUAUCACUCUACUGCUGACAGUGGUGACAUUUGAUGAGCUAUCUUAUCUUAUCUUAUCACUCGACUAAUGACAGUGGUGACAUUUGAUGAGCUCACACUGCCUUGCUUUAUUUGUUUUCACUGUUACACAUAAACAUUGUCUGUCUGUCUCUCUGUCUGUUUGUUUGUCUAUCUGUCUGUCUAGCUUUCUGUCUCUGUCUGGCUAGCUCUCUGUCUGCCUGCCUGUGUGCCUAUCUUUCUGUCUGCCUCUGUGUGUCUUUCUGUCUGCUUGUCUCUCUUGUCUCAGAGAGGUGCUCAUGAACCAACUGGUAUUACACACGAUCACUAUCUACAAGCACAGUAUAGCACUUUGUCUGCAUUUUUUGAGUUAUCCUAGGUAAUUUACACUAUGUAUAAUUAUAUUAAUGUAUGUGUUCCUGUGAGAUAGGGACAGAGAUAGAGACAAAGAGAUAGACAGAGAUAGACACAGACAGACAGACAGAGAUAGAGACAGCCAAUCAACCAGCCACUGGUCAGCCAGGUGGCUGCCAGCUGCCAGCCAGUCAGCCUGCUGAAUGCGUAUUAUAUGUUCAAGAUAGUUUCUUUUUACUUAGGGCCUAGGUUAUAGGACAUUCUGGCAAGAUGACACUAACAGAGUACCAAACUUGAAAGGGUGUUGCACAAAUGUUGCACAUGGGUUAUUAUGGAAGUUUUUGAUAUUUCCGUGACCACUUGUGGCCACAUCCACCUCAAAGCCACUAAAUUUGGGGUCAACAUCACUUUCCUCUUAAAAGGGGAGUGUUAAUACGACAUGGCAUCAGUGAAUCCUUGGUGUUUGCCAUGCUGUUUGCUCUAGCUAGUGCCCAAUUGAACUGGUGCUCCCACAAGGCACUAAGUGGUCCCAGAAUUUUUUUAAUACUGCUCACACCGAGGGCUAAGGCCCAUUCUAUGCUGACCAGGCAUCUUAGGCCAAUCAUGCCAAAGCUUCCACGUGUGGCCUGAGUGCACCUCAGUUGUCCCGUGGGUGCCAGUGUUUACAAGCCAGCCAGUGCGGCUGUAUCCACGCAUACAAUCGGAACAUUUCAUAUUAUCACAUCAUUUUUAGUGAUUGUACCUGCAAAAUAAGUCACCAUGGGCCUCAAGAAAGCUUCUAGUACCAACCCUGUGAUAAAAAGGGUGAGAAUUAGUAUGGAAAUUAAGAAAGAUUUUGAAGGGUUUGGGGCUAACCCUGAGAUGCCUAUGCCAGUUGUGGAAUCCAUUGUGCCUACUUCAAAGAUUAUGGAUGAAAAUCACCCUAACACAGCUAUUGCAAGCCAUGCUGGUGACUAUUACAAUGACAAUGUUGUGGCCCAUUUUAGGCAAACCUUAAAGGAAUGGGAGGUACAGACCUCUACAGACUGAUUUGUUGUGUGACAGAGGUCCAGUGACUCUCAAGCUGGUCCUAGUGGCAUUAAAAGAAGAAGGGAAGUAACCCUGGAAAAGGACUUGAUACCUCAAGUUCUAAUGGAAGGGGAUUCCCCUUCUAAACAUUAACAACUUCCACACUCUCCCCUUCUCCCAUCCCAUCAAUCAUCACCAGAUCUUCAAUAAAGUGUCAGUUUGUGUGUAUUAAAAUUAAUAUUUCAUGUGGUAAAUUUUUUUUUUUUCAUACUUUGGGGUGUCUUGCACGGAUUAAUUUUAUUUCCAUUAUUUCUCAUGGGGAAAAUGAAUUCAGCUAACGAUAAUUUCAGCUAACGACGAGCUUUCAGGAACGGAUUAAUAUCGUUAGCUGAGGGUCCACUGUAAGUGUAUUUUUGUAAGUGUAUUUUUGGGGGUCUGAAACGGACUAAUCUAAGUUACAUUAUUCCUUAUGGGAACAAAUUCAUUCGGUAACGGCACUCAAACAGCUUUCUGGAACGAAUUAAGGCCGAUAUUCAGGGUUCCACUGUAUCUGUUAUAUCACAUGUUCAACUCAGCUUGUUUAGAAACUCCAUUCAAAUCAAAGGCCCUAAAAUCUGGAACUCUGUACCAGAAGAUGAAAAAAGUUGCUAUUUGCCAGCUGCUUCAUAAAUAUUAUUAAAAAGCCCCUCCUGAAUCCAAGUUAAAAUCUACAUAGACUUAUUAUAUUAAAAUCCAAUUUGUUAAUAGCAACCUGUUUAUCAAAAUUAAAUCAGCAUGCAUACCCAUGUUCCUACUGUUGCCACUAUAACCAGUAUUUUACUUCAUCUUAGUAUUGACUCUUACAGAUAUGCCAAAGUGAUAUAUAAGAUGUUAAAAUUUCAUAUACAGCCUCUCCUCACUUAACGAUGGAGUUCCUUUUCUAAGAUCGCAUCAGUUAACGAAUUUGUCACUAAGCAAGGAGCAAACUGUAAUGGUAGUGGGUUUGUGUCAACCAUCUUUUAUAUUGUUUUAAUGUCACUUUUGCACCAUUUAUAACAUUUUUAGUAUAUUUUUGAAUGUUUAUACAGUAGUGUAAUGUUUACCAUAAAUGGAAUAGAGGAAAUCAGCUCUAAUAUACGUUAUUUAGGUAUGCAUACUGGUCAGAGAGCCCGUCGUAAGUCCGAGUCAUCAGUAAAUGAGUACGUAGCUAAGUGAGGAGAGGCUGUUCUGUUAUCCAUAGCAUUCUAAUAAUGCAACCCAUAUUGUCCAGCAGUUAUUAGCUAAAUUUAAGGAUGCAUAACCAGGCUUUCUGUUCAUUCUGUAAAGUAUGUCACCUUGUCUUAUAACAAUUGUAUACCGUACUUUAUGGGAAUAAAGAUUUUUGUUUUCA